GACUCCCGCGGCUCCGCCAGGCUCCGGGUCCCCCAGGCCCCCCCGCCAGGGUCGCUCGGGGCUCCGGGCCGCGGCCCCCAGGUGCGGCGGGGGAGGGGCGCGGGGCGGGGCGGAGAGGAGGAGUGGCGCGGAGCGUGUGCGGCCGGGGAAGCCAUUGCCUGGUUAAUAGUUGCUGUUGCUGCACUUCCGCUUCUCUCCCAGCGAGAGCGAGACACGAGUGGCCAGGCCCAGCCGCAGCCGCAGCAGCAGCCGCCGCGGCGGCACGGAGCAGCCAGACACAAAGAGAGACCGAGAAAGAAGCCAGCACCCCCAAGAAGAAGGAGAGUAAAGUCAGCAUGAGCAAAAACUCGAAGCUCCUCUCCACCAGCGCCAAGAGGAUCCAGAAGGAGCUGGCAGACAUCACUUUAGACCCUCCGCCAAACUGCAGUGCUGGUCCCAAAGGCGACAACAUCUAUGAGUGGAGAUCAACCAUUCUCGGGCCCCCGGGAUCUGUGUAUGAAGGUGGUGUGUUCUUCCUCGAUAUAACUUUUACACCAGAGUAUCCCUUCAAGCCUCCAAAGGUUACAUUUCGUACAAGAAUUUAUCACUGUAAUAUUAAUAGUCAAGGAGUUAUUUGCUUGGACAUAUUGAAAGACAACUGGAGCCCAGCACUAACCAUCUCGAAAGUUCUCCUCUCUAUCUGCUCACUCCUUACAGACUGCAAUCCUGCUGACCCUUUGGUGGGAAGUAUUGCCACUCAGUACAUGACCAACAGAGCAGAACACGACAGAAUGGCCAGACAGUGGACCAAGAGAUACGCUACAUAAACUGGGUUUUCAGUUCUUACAUUACCUGUCUGUCACAGAAGAGAGCUGCUUAUGAUUUUGAAAGGGUGGGGGAGGGUGGGAAUUGGUAAAGAGUAGGGUAUUUCUAUAACAGAUAUUAUUCAGUCUUACUUCCUAAGAUUUUGUUGUAACUUAAGGUAUCUUGCUACAGUAGACAAAUUGGUAAUAGUGACUUUUAGAGCUGUCAGUUUUGCGAGAUUAGUUUACUUUUAGUACAACAGGAAAGAAUGCGCGUGUAGACACUUGGGAUUCAUUGAGUGUAGUCUACUGUAA